AUGCCUCCCUGUCGCUCCGCCGUCUCACAGCGAUCAGCGAUCAGCAGCGCGCAACCAGCGUGCACGUUACUACCCACGCCACGACGUGUCGCUCUCAUCAGUGAGCAGCCGGCUGGGCUGGGUGUGGCAGACGAUUUGAGCGCAGGUGCUGCUAGCAUCCCUGAUCCUUCUGCCGGUAAUGGUACUAGUGGUGGUGGUGGCAGCAGCGCCACUGCUGGAGACAGUGUCAGUCCCCCCGGUAGCCUUACUGGAGCUGGUAACGCCACAGCUCCCAUCAGCAGCAGCAGCAUAACGCCCGGGGGGAACAGCAGUUCUGCUGGUAACGCCACUGCUGCUGGCAACUUGACCGGAGGCGGUAACUUCACUGGGGUUGCUGGCAAUGGCACGGAGGGGGGUGCAGUGCGGUACUUCACGGUGGGGCAGGAGGCGUUCGUGUGGGGGUCUCCUCUGGUCACCUUCUUCCGCCAGCAAGCCACCCGCGCUGCCCUCAACGCCUUCUCCUACGCCAACACCACCGCCGUUGUCGGCACCACCAGUGAGUUGCACUCUCCUUCUCAUGCACGUUGA